AUGGGUGACAUUCGUGUUUUCCGUCUCUUUCAGAAAUGGAGACUGGAGAGGAAUGGCCCAGUGGAAGCUGUCCCCGCAGGAGUAUCCCCUGAGCUGGACCUGGAAGAGCUGGGAGGGGGCUGCCCCUGGGGCUGUGCAUCAGGAGGGGCUGGGACAGCUUCAGGAAGAGCCCCUUCAGAGCAUCAGCCAGGAGACCCCCAGCCAGGAAUUCCAGGAGUGAGGGGACCAGCGGAAUCCCAACUGGGAGAGCCCCUGCCGUCACUGAGAAGCCCUGUGUGCCAGGAGUGCGGGGAGACCUCUGCGCACUGCACCGAGCGGGCACAGUACCAGCGCGCGCACGCCCUGGACAAACCCUUUGCGUGCGGCAAGUGUGGGAGACACUCCCGCAGGAAAGCCACGCUCACGGUGCACCGGCGCGUCCACACCGGCGAGAAGCCGUUCACGUGCGCCGAGGGCGGCAAGGCCUUCUGCCAGCUUGCCAACCUCACGGUGCACCGGCGCAUCCACAUGGGCGAGCGGCCCUACCGGUGUGUCGAGUGCGGCCGCGCCUUCGUGCAGAACACGCAGCUGCUCGGGCACCGGCGCACACACACCGGCGAGCGGCCCUACAAGUGCGGCGAGUGCGGCAAUGCCUUCACCCUCAUCACCAACCUGGUGGACCACCAGCGCAUCCACACCAGGGAGAAGCCCUUCGUGUGUGACCUGCGCGGUAAGCGCUUCACCAAACGCUCCUCCCUCCUCGGGCACCAGUGGGCCCCCAGAGGCGAGAGGCCCCACCCGUGCAGGGUGUGCGGGAAGGCCUUCCGCAAGAAAUCCGAGCGGGUCAACCACCACCGCACGCACACGGGCGAGCGGCCGUUCAAGUGCUACGAGUACGGCAAGGCCUUCAGCCAGAAGGUGCAGCUCGUGGUGUACCGGCGCAGCCACACGGGCGAGAAGCCUUUCCAUUGCAAAGCCUGCGGGAGAUCCUACAGCCAGAAGGGCUACCUCACCGUGCACCGGCGGACCCGUACCGGAGAGAUCCCCUUUGAGUGCACGGAGUGCGGCAAGACCUUCAGCCAGAAGGCGCACCUCUCCAUUCACCUGCAGAUCCACACGGGCGAGAAGCCCUUACCGCUGCGGCGAAUGAGGGAGAAGCUUCCGGAAGGUGUCCUUCCUGCUCCAGCAUCAGGCCAUCCACACAAGGCCUUCGUGCGGAAGUCCACCCUGGUCCAGCACGGCCGAAUCCACAAAGGGGAGAAGCCCUACCAGUGCGGGCAGUGUGGGAAAGACUUCCAGCACCAGCACACGCUGACGGCGCACCGGAAUAUCCCCACGGGGGGGUGGCCCUAUGAGUGCAAGAUGUGCGGCAAGGCCUUCAGGCGCAUCGGGAACCUCACCUGCCACCAUAAGACCCACGCUGCUGCGGGGGUGGCCGCCAGGGAGCCCAGCCUUCUGCCCACCCUCCCAGAUAACCUGUCACAGGUCAGGCCUGAGAUGGCGGCCAAGUUUCAGCCUCCUCUCGUCAUCACUUUAGAAUUAACUUAG